CGUGCUUUACGACGACAACAACUAUGGCGGCUGCCAGUGGUAGAUUUGAAAGUGCAAGGAGUAUCGAAGAGCGUAAAGAACAGACCCGGAUUGCCAGGGCGGAGGUGCUAUGCCAGGCCAAAGCCAAAUUUGAAAAAGAAGAAAGGCGUAAAGAACUUAAACGACUUCGGGGUGAGGAUACAUGGAUGCUACCUGAUGUGAAUGAGCGAAUUGAACAGUUCUCACAGGAACAUUCUGUGAAAAAGAAGAAGAAAAAAGACAAGCACUCAAAAAAAGCAAAGAAGGAGAAGAAAAAGAAGAGCAAAAAACAGAAGUAUGACAAAAGCAAUGAGUCCAGUGAUAGUUCGUCAAGCUCUGAAGAUGAGUGGGUUGAGGCUGUUCCAUCUCAGGCUCCUAGCAAGGAAAAGGCCUGGAAAUUAAAAGAUGAAAAGUCAAAGAAAGAAGACGACCAAGUUUUUCAGAGGGAUGAGUGGAUGACUGUUGAUUUUAUGUCUGUUAAAACUGUGUCCUCAUCAUCACUGAAAGCAGAAAAGGAAACUAUAAGGAAGAUAGAGCAAGAAAAAGCCCAAGCACUUGAACAGUCUAAACUGCUGGAAAGAGAACUAAAUCCUUACUGGAAGGACGGUGGGACAGGUCUUCCACCAGAAGAUUGCAGUGCGGCACCAGUUACUAAAGUUUCAGUUGUAGAAGAUGGUGGUUUAAGCUGGUUAAGGAAAUCUUACCAACGAAUGAAGGAACAAGCUGAGAAACAAAAUAGAAGUUUUGAAGAUGUUGUAGCUGAAAGAUAUGGCUCAAUGGAAAUAUUUCAGUCGAAAUUAGAAGAAGCUGAAAAAACUGCAUCUACAAAGGAAGAUAGCAGAAGAGAACGGUGGAGGAAACCUACAUAUUCAGAUAAGACACAAAAUUGUGAAGAAAGUAGAAAAUCAGACUUGGUAAAACAUAAUAAAAGUUCAAGGGAUACUGCCAACAAUAUCAGUAAAGAUAAGUUUAGUGGUGAUGCAAAAGAUAAGAGAUCUGAGUCUUUAGCAACAUGGAGAAGAGAAUCCAAUCCAAAGCAAAGUCAGUUUUCUUCUUUUGGAAAUUCGAGACCAAAAUUCUUAAGACCUUCUGAUGACGAAGAGGUGUCAUAUCAUAGAAAGGACAGGCAUUUGGAACCCUCCAGUUCCUCUUCAGCACUGUUCACUCAGGAUUCUGUACAUUGUAGUUUUCGAAAGCCCACAGACAACUGUGAAGAGAGUUUGACUUCAUGGAGUCGAUCUGAUGGGACAGAAGGAGACAGGAAGCAUUCAAGUCGAAAGCCUUUAGAAGCUAGGCGCAGUGAUGAUUGUACCCGCAUUUCAGAAGUCAGUGAGAAAUCUCAGCAUGAAAGCAUAAAAGACGAUUCUCCGAUAAAAGAACAUCUGCAGGACACAGAGUCUCCAUUUGCUGGUAGUCCAAAGGGGGAGUCCAUGCACAUCAUGAGUGUUGAUGAGAAGAACAAGUUGGGAGCCAGGAUUAUCAAGGCAGAGAUGAUGGGAAAUAUGGAACUAGCUGAAAAACUUAAAGCCCAACUUGAAAAGGCGAAUAAAUUCAAAGAAACUAUAACACAGAUAUCAUCAAAAAAAUCUGGGGUAGAGAAUGAAGACCAGAAUGAAGUGGUUCUUGUCAGAACAGAUCAGUCUGGGAGAGUGUGGCCUGUGAAUGCACCAGCAAAACCUCUGGAAUCUAAAGGAAGAAGAACAAAGAAACAAAUGGCUUCAACCCAUGAGGAAAAAGAAAGGGUCAGAUACUUUCAUGAUGAUGAUAAUCUAAGCCUAAGUGAUUUAGUCAAGAAUGAAAAGAUGGGAACAGCAGAAAAUCAAAAUAAAUAUUUUAUAAGAAUGGCAUCAAAGUUUAUGGGAAAAACAGAUGGGGACUAUUACACCCUGGAUGACAUGUUUGUCUCCAAAGCAGCUGAGAAAGGACAUUUUGGUGAAGAGGAAGCAAAUCAGAGGAAAAAAGCAAUUGCUGAGCACCAGAGUCUCGCUGCACAAAUGGAAAAAUGUCUCUAUUGUUUUGACAGCUCCCAAUUUCCCAAGCACCUUAUUGUUGCAAUAGGUGUUAAGGUUUAUUUGUGUUUACCCAACUUCCGUUCUCUUACCGAGGGCCACUGCCUGAUAGUUCCUUUGCAGCACCAUCGAGCAGCAACCUUGUUGGAUGAAGAUAUCUGGGAGGAAAUUCAGAUGUUCAGAAGAUCUUUGGUAAAGAUGUUUGAAGAAAAAGAAUUGGACUGUGUUUUCUUAGAGACUAACCUGAGCAUGAAGAAACAGUAUCAUAUGGUUUAUGAAUGCAUUCCUCUCCCAAAGGAAGUGGGUGACAUGGCUCCCAUCUAUUUUAAGAAAGCCAUAAUGGAAUCUGAUGAAGAGUGGUCUAUGAACAAGAAACUGAUUGAUCUCUCUUCAAAAGACAUCAGGAAGUCUGUACCCAGAGGCUUACCUUACUUCUCUGUGAAUUUUGGUCUCCAAGGAGGAUUUGCCCAUGUCAUUGAAGAUCAACAAAAAUUUCCUCAUUACUUUGGAAAGGAAAUCAUUGGUGGGAUGCUGGAUAUAGAACCAAGGCUUUGGCGGAAAGGGGUCCGAGAAAGCUUUGAGGAUCAGAGGAAGAAGGCACUGCAGUUUGCUCAGUGGUGGAAACCAUUUGACUUCACCAGAAAUAAAAACUGUUGAGUUAGACUGUUCAUUCAUGAUUCCUCUCCAGAGUCCUGCCAGUUUUAUUUCCAUUGCACCAAGCUAACCACUGCCCUGUGGCAGAGGUAGAGUGUGGUCUCUGUCCGAGGCAGCUGUGCGUCCUUUCGUCCUGUCUUCCUCUUCUGCUGCUGUGGGCACCUUGAAGUAGCUGUGGAGUAAGGUGGGGCUGCAGUGGGUACCUGCUGAUGCUCCUGUUCGCUACCUUCCUCUUGGCAUGAACUGUUCCUCUGAUAUAUGGAAAGACUUUACCGAAGAAA